AGUUAACCCUAGCUUCCCUCCUUUUGGAGGUUCUCUAAGCACCACAGCUCAACCACCAACUCCUCCGCUUCUCAGCCCUCUCUCCUUCCUCUUCUCUCUCUAUACACACACAUAUAUACACUUGAUCUGAAUCUAUCGUUUUACCGAGAGAUGGAUAUCGACGGAAAUCUUGAAGAGCCGUCAAGGCAAGUCCAGGCCCGCUUCGUCACUAAGCUUCAGCCUCCAUUGAAGGUCCCAAGCACUCCCAUUUAUAUUCCAACCUACCUCACCAGGAUGGGCCUCUCCGGUCUCGUCAACGAACUUCUCCAAGCUAGAAAUGCUGAACUUGCAGGAAAUGCUGAACCUUUUGAUUUUCUGAUCGAUGGAGAGCUAGUUCGGAUGUCACUUGAAGAGUUUCUUCUUGCCAAGGGCAUCUCAGCGGAGAAAAUAUUAGAAAUUGAAUACAUAAAGGCUGUGGUCCCGCGAACAGAGAAAGAGCCUUCUUUGCAUGAUGAUUGGGUCAGUGCAGUUGAUGGUUCAAAUCCUGGGUUCAUUCUGACAGGUUGCUAUGAUGGUUUAGGAAGGAUAUGGAAAGAUGCUGUGUGUACGCAUGUAUUAGAGGGACACAGUGCUGCAGUUUCUUCUGCUACUAUUAUAAAGUCAAAAGGUGUAGAAAGUAGUACCGAUCUCCUUGUAGCCACUGCUUCAAAAGAUAGGACUGUCAGGCUGUGGAAGUUUGACGCGGAGCAGUCAAUGGAUCAUCCUAUGAGGAUUGGAGCUUUUAGAAUUUUACGUGGCCAUAACGCAUCUGUACAGAGUGUUGCUGCACAGCCUUCUGGAGACAUGGUGUGUUCUGGUUCAUGGGACUGUAGAAUCAAUAUAUGGCAGACGAAUGAGUCAGAUGCAGGGGACAAUCUAGUGUCACUUAAGAAGAGAAAAAUGGAUGGUGAAGAUAAGGAAUCUCAAUCUGAGGGAGAGGCUGCAUCCACACUGGUGGGACAUACACAAUGCGUAUCUUCCGUUGUUUGGCCAGAACAUGGAACAAUUUACUCUGCAUCAUGGGAUCAUUCUAUUAGAAGAUGGGAUGUUGAAACUGGCAAAGAUUCACUAAACAUGUUUUGUGGAAAAGUCAUCAAUUGCCUUGAUGUUGGAGGUGAAAGUUCUGCACUCAUUGCUGCUGGCGGUUCUGACCCUGUACUUAGGAUAUGGGAUCCUCGGAAACCAGGAACUUCGGCUCCUAUCUUUCAGUUCUCAUCUCACACUUCCUGGAUAUCGGCUUGCAAGUGGCACAAUAAGUCAUGGUUUCAUUUGGUUUCAGCAUCUUAUGACGGGAAAGUGAUGUUGUGGGAUCUAAGAACUGCGUGGCCACUGGCUGUCAUUGAUUCACACAAGGACAAGCUAUUACAAAAGUGUGACAAUUAUCUUCAUAUUGGAGAGUGGAAACUAACUUCUUUCACAAGACGAUUGAGAAUGCUUGGAAAUCUUUACCUCAGCCUCCUGCUAUUUGUUAUUCCCGAGAUGAUGAUGUGACAGAAGAAAUCUCAUUCCCUUGUAUUGCUGAGCUCGACUGGAGAACCUGUGCUCAUGCUAGUUAUGUUUAAGGCAAUUUUAUUUACACCAAUAGAGGUUAAUGUAUUUAGUUGGCCGUUGAAAGGAGACUUGUAAUUUAAACAUGCUCAAACUUAAAGUUAUACGCCCUUGAUCUCGUUGAUUUGGGGUUGGUGUUUUCCUUGUUUGCGGUGUUCGGGUCUUACUCAUGCUUGGGAGCAUUGAAAUGUUUCUGUUUUUAUAGAGAGAUCUCGUCAAUAUCGGUAUUUUAAUUAAAUGCACCUAUGCAUUAACCCUGACAGUGAUCAAAGCUUCAUAUUAUGAUAAUUACUGUAUUCUUGAGGUGGAGUAAA